AUGCCACGUACUUUGAAGAAGUCUUUGAGUCAGAGGAGGAAGGAAGACAGGGAGAAAAAGGAAAGAAGAAGACUUCAGUUGUCAGAAGCAGGCUCUCCUGUGAAAAGGAAGCCGUCUCCGAGUCAUAAAAAGGAAGCAAGUGAAAGAGUGGAUUUUUCAAAUGAGUCAAACAAUGAACAUAAUCUAACCCUCAUUGGCAACUACUUUAAAGAUCAAAAUGUUAGGAACACACAAAGAAAAAUAAAUAGCCAAAGCAUAACAAACAGAAAAGAAUAUAUGAAAGUUUACAAACAGAAACAAAGGCAAUGUGAUCAGCAAAGAAAAAAGGACAGAGAGUACACACAUCAAUCAAUGAAACGUGCAAGGCAGUCUGAAGAGUUCAGAAAAAAGGACAAAGAGUACACGCUUCAAUCAAUGAAACGUGCAAGGCAGUCUGAAGAGUUCAGAAAAAAGGACAACGAGUACACGCUUCAAUCAAUGAAACGUGCAAGGCAAUCUGAAGAGUUCAGAAAAAAAGGACAAAGAGUACACACUUCAAUCAAUGAAACGUGCAAGGCAAUCUGA